GGUUUCAAUUUGGUUGAUUUUCUCAGAGAUUUGAUAUAUUGAAAAGUGAACACAGGAGAUUACAUGGGAAACAACAACGCAACCAGCAAUUUAACAGAAGAGUGCUCAAAGCUAGCAGCCAAUGGGAUGUCUACGUUGGAGUCUAUUCCCCUAAAAACCACUCAAGAUAACAGGUCUGAGGUUCUGCUUGUUUCUUGCCUGAAAAUCAACGAAGUGCAAGAAGCUACUGAAGAAAUAACUGAAAGCAGCAAAGAAGCUAGAAUUGAGAUGCGAUCUCCCAGCUUUAGUAAUGACCUAAAAGUCGAAGAAAGAAGAGAUAAAUCAAAGGAGAAAACUCAAUUACUAUCUAAAGACAAGACUGAGACAGACAAGGCAACACCCGAUCUGGAAGAGGAAACUGUGAUGCUAAAGAGAAGUGAGACUGAGAAAAGAAGAGGCUUUGAGCUGUCUCUAGGGCUGUCUAUGAAACCCACUCGAAGAUCUGACGCAGUUGAUAACUUCAAAGAAACCAAGGGCUCAGGACAUAACUUGGUGAACAAGAAAGCUAACACGCCUGAGACUCUGCUUAUUUCUUCUGUGGGAAGCAGCAAAGCACAAGAAACUACUGAAGUGAUAACUGAAAGCAACAAAGAAGCUCUGAUUCAGAUGCGAUGUCCUAGCUUUGGAAAUGAUCUGAGAACCAAAGAAAGAAGCAACGAAUCAACGGAGCAAAUUCUGUUACUCUGCCAAGACAAGAUAGAGACAUAUGAGGCAACGAUCAAUGUGGAAAAGAAAACUGUGAUGCUGAAGAGAAGUGAGUCUGAAAAAACAAGAGGCUUUGAGUUGUCUCUAGGGUUGUCAAUGAAAACCGGUGAUAGAUCCGAAGCAGCUAAUAGCCUAAACCUCAAGGAAACCAAAGACAACUUGCUGAAAAAGAAAGCUUCUAUGAAAGGCAGAGUCAGAAAACGAAGCAAAUCUUCGCUCUUUGGAAGUUGCCUCUGCUGUGUCACUGCCAUGAAAUGAACAGAUUUGCAAGGGAAAUUGUGGAUGAGUUUUCUGUUUGAGGGUUUUGUAAAGUUCGAAAAGGUUUUACAUAUAUUAUUUCCUUACUAAA